AUGCUCUGGCUGCCCAAGUUAAUUUGGCCAUGGUGGAGUCACGGUCCUACGGACUCGAUUUCAAACGCGAAAAGCACUCUUCAAGAGUACAACGCCAACGUCCAAAGCCGCCUCAGGGCCAAAGCAUACGAGCUCGGAUCACGUCCCGUUGCAUAUCUUGUUUUAUCCGGCAUCUUCCUGGGCUCUGUUUCGACGCUUGGCGUGACAUUCGUGUACAGGCGGUAUUUUAGGCGUUUGAGGACAGCCGAGUGGGUCACACCUGAUGUACUUCGGCAGAAGAGAUGGGUGAGGGGUGUCGUGACCAGUGUAGGGGAUGGAGAUAAUUUCAGGCUGUAUCAUACCCCUGGCUUUGGGUGGAGGUGGCCACUUAAAUUCAGGAGAGUACCAACUUUGAGCAAAGAGCUCAAAGAGCAAACGAUCCACGUUCGUAUUGCAGGUGUUGAUGCACCCGAGGGAUCACACUUCGGUCGCCAAGCCCAGCCAUACGCUGCAGAAGCUCUCGCGUGGUUGAAGGAUACGAUCGAGGGCAGGAUAGUCUACUGUCAACUCGUGAGGCGUGACCAAUAUUCUCGUAUUGUAUCUGUAGUCACUCUUCCGUCACCGUUUCUCCCAGGCUGGCUUGCCACGGGCCGGAGUCUUGCACUUGAGAUGAUCCGGGCAGGCACGGGCCUGACUUAUGAACAAGCAGGUGCAGAGUAUGGGAAGUAUGGAAAGGAUGAGUUCCUAAGAGUUGAGGCUGAGUCGCGAGCUGCGCGCAGAGGGAUGUGGAAACACGGUACAGUGGAGGAAACCCCCGCACAGUAUAAACGGCGUUACGCGCAGAGUGGGACGGAUGCUGAGGCUCAGGCCCAAGGUACGCCGAAGGCGGAGCAAGAAAACUCGAAGGAGGGCGGGGUGAGAGGGAUUUUGAAGAGACUUUGGCGCUGA